AUGCCUCGGUUAGACAAAGACAAUGAGCGUGCUAUUAGGCAGUUGGAAUCAUACAAUGCAGAUAGAAAUUUUGAGGAAUUUCCCCGGUACCCAACACUCGGUGCCAGAGUGUCACGUGGUGUCGAUUGGAAAUGGGACAUGCAGGAUGGAGGAGCACAUGGUACUGUUGUCAAACACUUACAGGGAGGUGUUAUUGUUGUGUACUGGGACUAUGGAUAUAUGAAUAGCUACAGAUUCGGCGCAGAAGACGCAUUUGAUCUCAAGGCUGUAGAUGAGAAUCCAGAAGGAGCCAGAUUUAUAAUGCCCGGUGAACACAUUAAGAUCGGAAUCAGAGUUCAGAGAGGAGAUGAUUGGGAGUAUGGUCUCGAAGACGGUGGUGUGGGAAGUAUUGGUGCGGUCUAUUACAUCAAACACGAGGCAUACUUCAAUGUUAGGGUACGUUGGUCCAAUGGCCAACGCGGAGUCUAUCGGUACAGCAGUGGUAAAUAUGACUUAAAGAUUCUCAUUCCGGGUGUACCCAUGCAGACCACGCCAACGAAAUUCGUAGAGUACACAACCCGAAUAAACAAAGACAUUGAACGAACACGUACUCCGAAGUCACCAUUAGAAUUAAAAAGACUAGGUCCUCGUCAAACGAACUUCGUGCAAAUGGGAGUCAAACCCAAGAUCACCCCGAUAGCAGGUCCUCCACCCAGUAUGGCAAUGAAAAUACCUGGGUAUAGUAUGGUGCAAGAUUUGUCGAUAUCAACGGAGAAUCAGCAGCUUACAACAACCGACACGACUAAUUCCAAGAAUACAGGCGACAAAUCGAUUGACUCGGAGAAACAGGACUCGAUGAAGAAAGCAACACAUCAGAGUCACGUCUGUGUAAUACUAUGA